AGGUGGGACCAGCGUUCAUACUACGAUGAGCUAGGAAAGAUCCAGAACCGUGAAAUCGAGCAACUUGAAAGGCUACGCAAGGAACAACAACAGCAGCAGCAGCGCAAAGCCGCCGACAGCACUAGUGGCCGUGUAGCUGCAAGUACUUCGACAGCCUCAAACACGACUGUCUCAACGAGUAUGUCGGCUGGCGCCGCCAAUAGUGGCAAUCUUAUUGCGGCUGUUGCUGGUCUCAGUAACCUCAAUACGACUACUACUACUACUGCCAAUAACAUCUCAAGCUCCACUUCAGAACUCAUCGGUUAUACUGAUUCGCUCAGUGUGAUGGGCCGGAGCUCCUUAAUUUUCUCCAGCGUUUAUACCGGUACCUCUGUGGCCACCGGCUACGCGGGUAAGCCUGGGCAUUUUUAUUAUAAUCCUGGAACGUCAUAA